AUGGCUAGUAGAUUUACUGAUUGUUAUUCUGAAAAACAAUCUGGACCAAUCAGUGGCUACUGGAAGUAUCCACUUGUGUCCUUGAAAGAUGCACUAGCCCCCGUUUCGUCAAAAGUUAAUGGAUUAGAUCGGGAUAUCCAAGAAGCUUAUGAUCAUUGUCAUUUCCCAUCAGAACAUGGCCUUACUAAGGAUGAAUCGGCUGCUGUAUUCUUAUACACAUCCGAAGCAGGUGAAUACAGUUUUUAUGCUGUCUUGAACCGAGCACUGCGGGAUGAGGAGCGAAGAAAAAUAACAUCAUGGUUCUCCUAUCUGAAACUGUUCGACACAGCCUUGGAAAAACUACCUACAGUAAAAGGAUGCAUUUGGCGUGGCGUACCUCAGAAUGUUAGCCAAGAUUACGUCGAGGGCACCGUAAUAACCUGGUGGAGUGUUAAUUCUUGUUCGUCAGUAGUCAAAGUUGUCGAAGACUUCCUAAGCUCCAAUGAUGACUCCACACUGUUCAUGAUCGAAGCUGCAAAUGGAAAAAAAUUGACUGGAUACACUACUUACCCCAAUGAAAAAGAAGUUUUGUUGAAAAUGGGAACGAAACUACAUGUAAAGAGCAAUGUAAUGAAGCAUGGCAAAUUAUACCUUAUCCAUUUACUGGAAAUUGAUAAUAAUAAUCAAGUAGGAAUACCAGCUACUACGAUCGCAGCGCCAUCAAUAUCAUCUUCAUCGCCAGCCUCAGCUGCUGCUGCAAGUUAUUUACAACCAAAACCACUCAACAAAACUAUUCACCGUUAG